AUGUCAGCAGCCGUGGCGUGUCUGGACUACUUCGCUGCCGAAUGCUUGGUGUCCAUGUCCGCGGGCGCCGUGGUUCACCGCCGCCCGCAGGACCCCGAGGGCGCGGGAGAAGCCGCAGGCUCGGAGGUGGGUGCGGCGGCGCCGCCGGAGUCCUCUCUGCCGGGUGCGGGACCACCGGGACCCGCGUCGGUCCCCCUGCUUCCCCAGGUCCCCGCCCCCAGCCCCAGCGCGUGCGGCGCCGCGCCCCACCUGCUGGCUGCAAGCGUCUUGGCUGACUUGAGCGGCAGCGCUGGGGAGGGCUUCGGGGAGAACUCGGGGGAAGCUCUGCGCGCCUCGCCCGGCUCCUCCGGCCCCACCCCGUGCUCCGGGACGACCCCGUGCCUGGAGCCGGCCCUGGCCUCCAACCCGGCCGAAGUUUCGUGGCCCGAGCACUUCUCCGGCGCGCUCGAGGUCCCAGAAGCACCUGACGCCUCCGGAGCGCCUGCCAUCCUGGAUGCCGUCUCUGGCGCGACCCCUGGCGUGGGUCCGGCCCCUGCCACGGGCCCAGGUCCCCGUCGGAGGCCAGUCACACCUGCUGCCAAGCGCCACCGCUGCCCCUUCCCGGGCUGCAACAAAGCCUAUUACAAGUCGUCACAUCUGAAGUCCCACCAGCGCACCCACACGGGGGAGCGCCCCUUCUCCUGCGACUGGCUCGACUGCGACAAGAAGUUCACGCGCUCCGAUGAGCUGGCCCGCCACUACCGGACACACACUGGCGAGAAGCGCUUCUCCUGCCCCCUCUGCCCCAAGCAGUUCUCCCGGAGCGACCACUUGACCAAGCAUGCCCGCCGCCACCCAGCCUAUCAUCCCGACAUGAUCGAGUACCGGGGGCGCCGCCGCACACCCCGCGUCCACGCGCAACCUGCCAGCCUGGUGGACAGCUCCGGCUCCGUUCCCGACCAGGCGUCCAGCCUUACCGCAAGCCUGUCUGACAGUCAUUGCUGCUAG